AUGCUUUUUAGACAAACAUCUUUUCGAUUAUCUAGAUUUUUUCCAUUACAAAGGCAUUUCAGUUUACAUUACAAUCAACUAGGACUAGCAUUAAUUCAUUAUAAAAAGGAAGAUCCUAUGAUAGGUGAUUAUCCUUCAAAUGUCCCAUUCAUAAAUCGUCAAACUAGGACUCCUUAUGAUUCUAAUUAUUUUGAUGUUACUGAAAGACGUAAAUUUGGUGAACCUCUACAUGAACAAGAUGAAAUUCUUGGUAUGUUUUCACCUGACGUGCAUUCCUACACUACUCCAUCUAAAGCAUUACUUCACUUGUUUACUUUUGGAUUUGUUGUUGCUACUUUUUGUUCAAUUGCAUAUGCUUUACAACCUAAACCAGUCGCUGUACCUCGUGAAAGUCUUAUAAAGAAGUUAGAAAGGCCUUCUAAUGUCUUGGAUGAUUCAAAUGCCUCUUAG